AUGCGUCUGCGUCGCUUAGUGGAGAUAAAACAAUCUGGCAAGUGCCAUGUGCCCCAGGAAGUGGUCGAUGACUUCAAGACGGGGGGUGAGUUGAAAGAGUGGCUGGAGAUUGCUCUCCUAGAGAGCAUCAAGAAGGUUGGUACGGACCGUUGCAAAUUCAAGGCUGUCAAGGCGGAGUUCAAAGUCCGCUGCAAAGUUGUGAAGGAAAGAAUGCUUCACAAAGAGAAGGAAGUCAAAGGGAAAUGGGUAACCCGUGAGAAGAUGGAGAAGUCAGGGGACUACAGUAGGGAAAGUAUUGCCGCGAUUAUCGCUUACUGUUCCAGAUUCCCGCAGGCUUUGACGAGGCAGUGGAAAUACAAUACCUCUAUUGUGGAAUAUUUUUUGGAGGAUGAAACUACCACGACCCUGCGACUUACCGAGAACCAUCGGCGAACAGAAGAACAUGACCAUGGAGAUCUUGAAGGUGUGGCUCCAGACCAUGGACCCCAAUUUGGAGCUUUGGACAUUGGCCAAGAUGCUGAGCAGCCCGAAGUGGUUGGGGAGCAGGUCACCGCUGACUUGAACAAGUUUAUGGACUCCUUGCAAGGCAAGAUUUCGAGCAUCUUUGACAUGGUAGCAACCAUGAGGGAUCCACAGAACCCAGCCCCUUGUGAGCGGUACAUCCUGCUAGCCAAUGAGCUUGAUGCUGUGUCUAGCAACAUGGAGAAAUCCUUCAAGGUGCUCGCAGAGUGCAUGACCGAGUUGAAGAUGGACAAAGUUGAGAAGCUUGAGCCCCAAAAUGUCAAGUUGGUGGCGCUUGUGGGCAAAAUCAAAACUGAAAAGGAUCUGGUCAAGCAACCGUGUGCUGAGCUCAUCACAUUGGAAGCACAAUACAAGAUGCUCAAGAAAGCAAUUGCCGCAGCAAAGAGAAAGUCUGAACCCAGCCAGAAAGAAGCCGAACCAAAGAAAGCAGCUAAGACGAAAAGUGGCAAGAAUAAGAAGAAGGAUGCUGAGGAUGCUCAGGAAUGGGAGGAGGAUGAAGAAGAGGAACAGCCUGAGAAGAAGACAGGAAAGGCGAAGAAGCCAGGCAAGGGUGAAAAGAGCAAAGGUACGACUUCGGCAAAAAACAACGCCUUGAAGCGCAAGUCCAAGAAGGGCAGUGGAGCCGCAAAGUGA